AUGGACCUUCAGAACACUGUGAAGGAAGCCCUAAAUGCACUGUACCAUCACCCCGAUGAUGCGGUGCGCAUGCAAGCCGAUCGCUACCUUCAAGAUUUCCAGCGCACUUUGGAUGCGUGGCAGGUGGCUGAUAAUUUACUUCAUGAUCCCAGUAGCAAUCUAGAAACCUUAAUAUUUUGUUCUCAGACUCUGAGAAGCAAGGUACAAAGGGACUUUGAAGAAUUGCCUUCCACAGCUUUUCGACCUUUGCGUGACUCAUUGAAUGUGAGUGAGGGUCUGUGCAAUUUGUGUAAUUUUGAUAGUUGGUUUGGAAUGCAGACCUUGCUAAAAAAGUUUCACAAAGGUCCUCCAAAAGUCAGAACACAGAUUAGCAUUGCAGUGGCUGCCUUGGCAGUGCACGUGCCUGCAAAAGACUGGGGGGAUGGUGGUAUAGUGAAAUGGCUUAGGGAUGAGAUGGAUUCCCGUCCAGAAUAUAUACCAGGAUUCUUGGAAUUACUUACAGUUCUACCAGAGGAAGUAUUAAAUUAUAAGAUUGCAGCUCGCCCAGAAAGGCGUCGCCAAUUUGAAAAAGAGCUAACAUCUCAAAUGGAAGUUGCACUUAAUAUUUUGACAGCAUGUUUGACUCUUUCUGAACUUAAGGAGCAGGUUCUUGAAGCAUUUGCUUCGUGGCUUCGCUUAAAGCAUGGGAUUCCAGGAUCUGUUCUUAGUUCCCAUCCGCUAGUUCUCACGGCAUUGUCAAGCUUGAAUUCUGAUUUACUUUCAGAGGCGUCUGUAAAUGUGAUUUCCGAGUUAAUACACUACACAACUGCCGGAAAUAUUGAUGGUGUUUCUGCAAAUAUGCCCUUAAUUCAAGUCAUUGUUCCUCAAGUUAUGAAUCUUAAGGCCCAACUUAGUGAUUCUACAAAGUUGAUGGCUAUAGUAACAGGGGACUGCAAAUGCUUCUUAAGGCUGAAACCUAGGUGGGCUUUGCUGGAAAUGGUUGUCCGCUGGGAUUCAACUUGGAAAUGCAACAUGUUAGAAAUCUUUCAGCAUAUAGCUUGGUUGGAAAACCAGUGGGUUGCACUUGCAGAUAACCUUCUGAUUCCCAAUCUUGAAGGAAAAAGCUUCCUUCAGAUGAUGGGAAAGAAUGAUGAAGAAGAUGUGAAGGCGAUUGCUAGGUUAUUUGCAGACAUGGGUGAUUCAUAUGUGGAACUGAUUGCAACUGGUUCAGAUGAAUCAAUGUUAAUUGUGCAUGCAUUGUUGGAAGUUGCUUCACAUCCUGAAUAUGAUAUUGCUUCUAUGACUUUUAACUUUUGGCAUAGUCUUCAGCUCAACUUGACCAAAAGGGAGUCCUAUAUUUCGUAUGGUAAUGAAGCUUGCAUCGAAGCUGAGAGAAAUAGAAGGCUGCAGGUUUUCCGUCCUGCAUAUGAAUCACUUGUAUCACUGGUUAUCUUUCGGGUUCAGUAUCCUGAAGAUUAUCAAGACCUUUCACAUGAGGAUCUUAAGGAAUUUAAGCAGACAAAAUAUGCUGUUGCAGAUGUAUUGACAGAUGCAUCAUCAGUUCUUGGUGGUGAUGCCACACUUAAAAUUUUAUACAUGAAACUGCUGGAGGCUGUAUCUGGCCAUGGUAAUAAUGAACACAAGGAAUGGCGACCAGCAGAGGCUGCUUUAUUUUGUAUUCGGGCCAUAUCAAAUUAUGUUUCAGUUGUUGAAGCAGAAGUAAUGCCUCAGAAUACUAUAAUAGAGGCAGAAGAUGAUGGGGGAAUGGGGUUAAUUGGUGAGAAUUACUUUUGGGUGGGAAGUUCUCAAGCUGUUGGGGGUUCAUUCAGUGUUAAAUUGUUCAUCUCCAAAGACUUAAUCUUCUAUGAAAUCUAUUUUUACUAUGCUGACUAUUCCCUUCAAAACCUGUUUCUCAUCAUGGCUUUGCUUCCAAAACUUCCUCAUCAACCCCAACUGCUUCAGACAGUGUGUUUAACUAUUGGAGCUUAUUCAAAAUGGCUCGAUUCUGCAUCUUGUGGACUGUCCGUGCUGCCAUCAGUAUUAGAUAUCCUAAUGAAUGGCAUGGGUACAUCUGAAGAUUGUGCAGCUGCUGCUGCUUUGGCGUUUAGACACAUCUGUGAUGACUGCCGGAAAAAGCUUUGUGGAUGCUUAGAGGGUCUGUUCCACAUCUACAAUAAGACAGUUAGUGGAGAAGAUAGUUUCAAAGUUCCUGCUGAAGACUCCUUGCAUCUAGUUGAAGCAUUAAGUAUGGUUGUUACUGAACUUCCUCCAGAUGAUGCUAAGAGAGCUCUUGAAGCAUUAUGCAUACCAGUCAUAACUCCUUUACAGGAAGCUAUCUCUCAAGGUCCAGAAAGCUUGAGUAAAAGACCUUCUCGUCAGUUAACAGUUCAUAUUGAUCGAUUUGCUUACAUCUUUAGAUAUGUAAAUCAUCCUCAAGUUGUGGCAGAUGCUAUUCAACGGCUAUGGCCAAUUUUUAAGGCUAUUUUUGAUCUUCGUGCUUGGGACAUGAGAACAAUGGAAUCUCUCUGCCGUGCAUGUAAAUAUGCAGUGAGAACGUCAGGAAGAUUCAUGGGGCUCACAAUUGGUGCCAUGCUGGAAGAGAUUCAGAGUCUAUAUAGGCAGCACCACCAACCAUGCUUUCUUUAUCUCUCCAGUGAAGUUAUAAAGAUGAAGUUAUCAGAGGAAAGUUUUUUUGCUUCACUCAGAUGGAUAGGUGAUCCCUUAUCUGAUGCAAUGUUUCCCAUUGUGAUUGGGAGAACCCUUGGAUUUGCAGGAUUCUAUAGGCUUGUGGAUCUUCCAAGUGUUUCUCAACCCCCAAAGGUGAUAUUUGGUUCUGAUCCAUCUUGUGCGGACUACCUGAAAAAUUUGAUUGAGGCGCUCUUUCAACAUACAACACUUAUUCUCACAAAUAUUCAGGAAUUCACAGCCCGUCCUGAUAUAGCCGAUGAUUGUUUCUUGUUGGCCUCAAGGUGUAUUCGUUACUGUCCUCAACUAUUUAUUCCCUCAUCUGUUUUUCCAUCAUUAGUUGAUUGCUCUAUGAUUGGGAUCACAGUACAGCAUAGGGAGGCUUCCAAUUCCAUAUUGCAUUUCUUGGCUGAUAUUUUUGAUCUUGCAAAUUCCUCUGUGGGGGAACAAUUUUUACCAAUAAGAGAUAGUGUAAUUAUUCCUCGAGGUGUGAGCAUCACCAGAAUUUUGGUUGCUUCAUUAACGGGAGCGCUUCCAAAAUCUCGAGUGGAUGUGGUAUCUUAUACGUUACUGGCGUUAACUCGAUCCUAUGGGAUGCAAGCGCUGGAAUGGGCAAAAAAGAGUGUUUUGUUAAUUCCAUCGACAGCUGUUACAGAUGUAGAGCGAUCAAGAUUCUUAAAAGCUCUUUCUGAUGCAGCAUCUGGAGGUGAUACUAAUGGACUUACUGUUCCUGUUGAAGAGCUCUCAGACGUUUGUCGACGUAACAGAGCAGUUCAGGAAAUAGUUCAAGAAGCUUUGAGACCACUUGAGUUGAAUAUGGUGAAUGUAUCAUAG